GUGAAAUCUGAUGUUCUUGAAUUUUUUACCUUCAAAUAUUUACAUAUUUAAAAUUCAGAUAUAAAAAUUUCAGUUUAGAACAGUUUUAAAAUGAUAGAGAGCACAAAUUUCAGAUAAAAAAAUAAUUCAGGUACAACAAUUUCAAGUAAAAAAUAAUUCCAUAGGGAAAAAAUUAUUCAGGGAUUAAAAAUUCAGGUUUUAAAAAUUCAGGUUUUAAAAAUUCAGGUUGUAAAAAUUCAGGUUGUAAAAAUUCAGGUCAUUAAAAUUCAGGUUAUAAAAAUUCAGGUCGAAUAAAUUCAGGGAAACAUCCGGGGUACACAGAAUGAGCAAACGAGCGCAGAGCUUAUCGAACUCACAGCUGGCCAAUCACAACACAGCUCUGAGGUCACUGGGAGGAGCGUCUUCCUUACCCAGUGAAUGUCGGUGGAGAAGCGCAUGGAAGACAAUGGCGGGAGAUCACAGCAGAGAUACUGCUAUUCCAGUUGAAGCUUUUAGACAAGAUUGCAUCUCAAGACUCCGGACAAGGCUUGAGCAUAUUCUUUCAAGUAACAUUCCUGAUUUUGACUACAUGCUCUAUGUUGUUAGCCAAGAAAGGGUCUUCACAAGUGCAGUUGGACUUGACUUUUUACCAGAUGUGAAGGAAGCAAUGGAUGGACUUUACUCAUGUCUUACCACACUGCUUGCAUCACAAGACUCUCCCACUUUUGUUUCUUGGGAGAUGGGGCCCCAUGGACGUUUGAGAUUUAACAUUACAGCUGAAUGUUUGAAUAAACUUUUUGAGAUCGGACUAUCUGCCUCAUGUGUUGCCAGCAUUCUGCAAAUCUCAAAAAGUACAGUACACCGUAGAAUGCGUGAGUACAAUAUAUCUGUGUCAAAUAUGUACUCUACACUUUCUGAUGAUGAGCUAGACACAGCAGUGAGAAACAUCAAAUCAAGGUUUCCACAUGCAGGCUAUCGAACAGUCAAGGGAUGUCUUCAGUCUGAGGGCCACCGCGUGCAGUGGACGAGAGUAAGAGCCUCAAUGCAUCGAGUUGACACUGCUGGCAUUUUGUCAAGGUUGUCAAGUAUGGGUUGUGUUGUACGUCGCAAAUACUCUGUUCCUGGACCAUUGUGCAUGCAGCAUAUUGACACCAAUCACAAGCUUAUCAGAUACAAUAUUGUAGUAUUUGGUGGCAUUGAUGGCUUCUCAAGAAAGAUUAUGUAUCUCAACGCUGCUUCCAACAACCGAGCUGCAACUGCAUAUGAGUUCUUCAUGGAUGGUGUGAGGAAGUUUGGCUGGCCCUACAAGUCUGUAAAGCUUUUACUGUCUUUUUCAUGAACAUCUUAGCUGGAUUUUGUCUGGAGAACAGACCACGGAAAUUACAAAUCAUCCUGUAGUCAUCCAUAUUUGGCAGUAUGUCUAAUGUAAUUUUUAGUGACAUAAAUAAAUAUGUUCAGAAUUUCAGAUCUUAUUAGACCAUUUAAUAGUCAUAAUACCAGUAUCCCGUCACUGGACUGCAGCAUUUUAAACAACUUUCCAGUGUUGUUGAGUGAUUUUGGUAUGUUUAAAAAGCAGGUGUUUGUUCCCCACAUGACUCAAAGUAUAAGGUCAACCACCUUAAUCACACUGUGAUCAGCAAAACCAUCAAACGUAAACAAAGUCCUAUGCUAUGCUGGUUAAGAGCAAAGCUGCUCAACCAAUAUAGGGGAUGUGCAGCUUUGUAUUGGAUUUGUGAUGCCAGUUACAGUGCAGUGCUGUUUGUCAUUUAGCUAAUACUCACCAAAACACCCUGCACUUCUGUCUACACUGCCUAACAUCACCAAACUGAAAGAGUUUUUCUCCCCUAGCACUUUCACAACCCUGUGAUGGCCAUGACUACUGUAGCCUUCUAGUUGGACAAUAUCAUUAGCUUACAUGUAGCAAUAUAAAGCCCGAUUUAAGAUAAAAAAAUGUGUAAUCCUGAGUAUACAAUCAUGUUCUAAAACAUAAACACAAAUGUGCACAAACAACAAGGUGCCAACUACAAAAUGAAGACCCAACUUCAGUGGUCUGUGGUGUAGUCACCAUCAUCAUAACUGUACCCCCUUCCAGAGUGCGAGCCGAUCAGGGUGUAGAGAACGUGGAUAUUGCUCAGGCGAUGUUAAAUGUACGAGGAACUGGGUGUGGAAGCUUUAUAUCUGGCAAAAGUGUCCACAAUCAGAGAAUAGAACGUCUUUGGCGUGAUGUGUGGGUAGCUGUUACACACCUGUACUAUGAUGUUCUUCACACUUUGGAAGAGGAUGGGCUUCUUGACAUUGCUGACUGCUUGCACCUCUAUUGUGUUCACUACACGUUCCUGCCAAGACUGAAAGAUGACCUGUCCAGGUUUGCACAUGGCUGGGAUCAUCAUCCAAUCCGGACUGAACAAAACAUGACCCCAAAUCAGCUGUGGUCCCUCGGCCUCAUGCAUAAUCCAGUCAGAGAACCAGAAAUGUCAGAGUUAUUGAACUGUGUAUAUUUAGGAAAUUCAGAUUGAUGCCAUUGACUGGGAAGACUCUGGAUUGACUGUUCAGGAAUCACACCAUGGGGUCGUCUUGCCGGAAUUGGAAUGCCCGCUACAUCCCCAGAGCCUUGAGCUGCUUAGGUCAGCUGUACAACCAACUGCCCCAUCAGAUAGCUUUGGCCGUGAUCUGUAUUUGAUGUGUCUACAACAUGCUUCAUAUCUUCUGGAGAAUCAGUAAGUGGGAAGGAAGUUACCAGAAGGAAUGUGCUGCAUGCUUAUGCUAUUUUACUUUUAAUUUUAUGGACUUCUACAAGAAAAAAAAAACUACUUCUUUAAAAGUUGUAUUAAGAGUUUGGCUGGGUAAACACUGUUUCUAAACCUGGGCUGAAGUAUCCUUUGGUGUUUUUUUGGGUAAAGACUAAGGUUCUUUAAAGACUACGUUUGAUUUUGACUGAAGAAACCUUUUUGUUAAAACAUUUCUGUGCAUUUCUAAAUAUAUAUGUUUUAUACAUAAAUAUUUAACUGUG